AUGGUACACCGAUUCCAUCACUAUCAGCUUCGAUUAAGUCUUCGCGGCCGUGAGCUCACCGGUCAGGGCCGGAAUCGUCCCGAUCCCCACCACCCCCUUACCGCUAGGAAGCCCGUCAGCCGAGACAUCACCAUUGCUGCAUCUGACGACGACGAUGAGAGUGACGCCUCGUUCGAGGCCCUAGAGGAUCUCUUGGCCAGACCGGGAGACUCGCUGCGUCGGACCCUCGAGGCCACUGUAGGUGAUGAACACGAUUAUCGACUCGACAAGGUAGUCAGAGCCGUCGAGCGUACCGAGUCCGUUUCGACACGAAAUGGCUGGUUCUUCUUCAACAAGACCGCUAGUACCCGCCUCACGAAUCGUGAGCCGUUCCCCUCGAGGACCGUCAGUACUCUUCUCGGGAAAAGAUCGAUCUGCAAAAAUGCUAAAGAUCUAGACCUAACCAAACUAAACAAGGCCCUGCACAUCUCCAGGUCUGCCCUCCCAGACGAUCUCUUCCUCUGGCUUUUGGACGAGCUCUGCACCGAGAAAUCCGGGAUCCGGAGAGACGAAAUGUGGGAGCUGAUGAGAUAUUUCAAGAGCGAUGCAAUCUCCCUCAGGUUGACCCCAAAGUAUCUCGAAGGCCUCUUCUUACGUCUCGGCGCCACUCAAAGCAUCAAGCUUCUAGAAGGCACGGAUCAGCUCCCGGCAGUGCCAGUUCCCGCAGAUGGUUUCUAUGAUAGAGACUGGAGUUGUCUAUGUUCGAUAUUGAACGUGAUCAUGGCCGUGUCCGAACAACUUUCGACCGAAUCGAUUAUCUACCUUGCAAAACUCCUCCUUGCUAUGGCGGUGGACUCUGAGCUCCUAAGCAGUCCCGAGGUGCUGGUGACGCAUCGGGAUGUUUUAUCCAAGCUCCUAUCUACCCUCGCCUCGGAGGAUACGGAUCGCGUCCUCAUUUCCACCAUGUAUCACUCCUUUACUUCGCCGUCUAUGCGUCUUAGGUCUCUCCAAUAUCUGCCCACCGCCACCAUGGUAAUGCAUGGUCUGAGGAGGCGAAUGGCUGCAGUAUACUUUUUCGACGAUGUGGCUCUUGCUAAGUGCUCAGCCCUGUCUCCCUUCACGCUGGCAGAGGUUCAAAAACGCUUGCAAAGUAGCCAAUUCAAGGUCCGGUCAAACACAGAUUAUGUAGAACUUAGAGCGCUUAUCUUGUUGCUCGAUAUGACGAUCGACUCCGGUUUCGAGUCGGACGUCUCUGACCCUUUACAGCAUGAUAUUACUAGGAACUCCUUUGACGUGGAAAUUGAUAAGAUAGUUGACUUGUUGAAAGAGCUGGCUAGGAGUAUCAAUGAUGCGGGAAUGAAGUCCAUUUUCCCCAUGGAAGCGAAGUUGGCCAUGGAAUGGGUCAGAGAACGGCUCACGUACACUGUCCGUUCCAAGCCGGUGCCAAAGAUCAGCAUCUACGACAUACCAGGCCAACCUAUGCCGGACCCUAGCCUUCCGAAACAGCAGAACUACAUGAAGCAUUUCCUCCAAGGCCGGUCUAUGGGGGCCAAGAACUCCUGA